CCUCUCUCGUUAUAGCUUCAAGGUCGCUGGGAAGCUGCACACUGGCUAGGGAUCCAUCAUGGCGUACAUUGCACCUAUACAUAAGCCGAGCAGCGUCCGCCAUGCACUCAAGCUCAACUUCUUGAGUGCAGAAGACGACUGCUUAGUAGUCGCGAAAGCGAACAGACUCGAGUUCUACUCCCAGACUACCGAUGGACUGGCUCUGCAGCACCAGAAAGCUAUCUAUGGCAAGGUCACCAUGCUCCAGAAGCUGCGCCCAGCACUAUCACAGACCGACCAUCUCUUCGUUGGAACUGACCGAUUCACAUACUUCACCCUGUCCUGGGAUGCCGACAAGAAGCAACUACAUACCGAGAAGUCGUUCGAAAGCGUCGCCGACAAUGCUGCGAGAGAGUCACAAACAGGCGAGAGAUGUCAUGUUGAUCCCACAGGGCGCCUCAUGACAGUCGAAGUGUAUGAAGGCAUCAUCACAGUCAUACCACUCGUACAAAGAGUCAAGAAGAGGAAGGCAGCUGGGCAGUCAGAAGUUGCCCAUCUUGGAGAGCCCGUGCCUGUCCGGAUAUCAGAGAUGUUUGUCCGCUCAUCGACCUUCAUCAAGCCUGAAUCGUUCGAUGAUAAUCCGAAAAUUGCCUUACUUUACGAAGACACUCACUCUCAUGUCAAGCUCAAGGUCCGCGAAAUCAAGCAUAUCGGAGACGAGAUUGAGCUAGAGGAGGGAGAGGUGUGCAAAGCAGAUAUAGAGCUAGGUGCCAGCCAUCUAAUACCGGUGGAGCUGCCCUCACAUGGCCUGAUAGUGAUCGGCGAGACGUCCAUCGGAUACUACAACAGCGAGACCGGCGAGCUGCAAGUCGAGCCCUUGGAGGAAGCCACGAUCUUUGUAGCUUGGGAGAAGAUCGACUCACAGCGCUUUGUGCUCGCAGACGACUACGGACGGGUAUACCUUUUCAUGCUCGUUCUGGGCGAUGACCAUCGAGUUCAGUCAUGGAAGCUCGACGUCAUUGGCCUGACGUCGCGAGCGUCGGUGCUGGUAUACUUGGAUGCUGGAUACGUCUUCGUCGGCUCACACCAAGGUGACUCCCAGGUCAUUAGGAUCGCAGAGAAGUCGAUGGAAAUCGUACAAACGUUCUCGAAUAUUGCUCCUGUGCUCGACUUCACAGUCAUGGAUAUGGGCAACAGGUCCGGCGAGGGGCAAACCAACGAGUACUCUUCCGGCCAAGCUCGAAUCGUUACUGGCAGCGGCGCAUAUCAAGAUGGCAGUCUCCGAAGCGUUCGCAGCGGUGUAGGACUGGAAGACGUUGGUCUGCUUGGCGAGAUGGAACACAUCUCCAACCUUUUCAGCCUGAAGUCAAAUCCUUCCUCAGACUACGCUGACACACUCCUUGUCACUUUCGUCAAUGAGUCGCGUGUCUUUAGAUUCGAUCCCCAGGGCGAAGUCGAGGAAGUCGAAGAAUUCGCUUCGCUCGCACUGGAUGAAACUACACUUGCUACGGCCAACAUAUCGCAAGGACGCGUCGUGCAGGUUACGAAUGGACGAGCACGCAUAUGCGAUCUUGAUGGCGGCAUGGUUGUGUCGGAAUGGAUGCCGUUUGGCGGCCAACAGAUCACUGCAGCCGCCGUCAAUGACAGUCACGUCUUGGUCUCAUUGGGAGGCGUCACAGUCGUGUCUCUGACUUUGUUGGCUCCACCAUACCGGGUCGGGCCAUCAAUGGCGGACGGUGGCUUACAAGUCAUUAAGGAGAAGACCUUCGGGACAGAGAGUCAAGUUGCUUGUGUGGCGCUACCAGCUGGCUCCAGUCCCGUGUGCUUUAUCGGAUUCUGGAAGGACUCUGGUCUGGCUAUCUGCUCUCUGGACACACUAGACACCGUCAAGACAGCGCAGAUCUCGGAAGACUCUGUUCCGCGCUCGUUGCUCCUCACACAGAUUUUUCUCGACCAGCCGCCCACACUGUUCGCUGCUUUGGCAGAUGGUAAUGUUGUGACCUAUUCGUUCGACCCAUCGACCAACGAGCUAUCCGGGCGCAAGAGUAUCGUACUGGGAACACGCGAGGCCACGUUCCGUGCUUUGCCUCGUGGCAACGGCCUCUUCAAUGUCUUUGCAACAUGUGAGCACCCUUCGCUGAUUUACGCAUCAGAAGGCCGUCUUGUGUACUCUGCUGUCACAGCAGAGAAGGCAACAACAGUGUGCCCGUUCGAUUCAGAAGCCUACCCUGACUCCGUAGCCAUCGCAACAUCAGAAGAUCUUCGAAUAGCACUGGUAGACACUGAGCGUACCACACACAUCCAGACCCUCAAGGUCGAUGAGACCGUCCGCCGGAUAGCUUAUUCACCAAGCCUCAAAGCCUUCGGUCUCGGCACAAUAAAGCGCAUUUUGAAGAGUGGCGAAGAGUUCAUGAUAAGCCAUUUCAAGCUUGUCGACGAGAUCCAAUUUAAGGAACUUGACACCUACCCCCUCAACGAAGAUGAAUUACUCGAAUGUGUCAUCCGCUGCGCCUUCCCCGACGGCUCAGGUGGAAUAGCUGAACGCUUCAUACUCGGCACCGCAUACCUCGACGAUCAGCAAGCCACCGAAGAGCGCGGUCGCAUCCUCGUCCUCGAAGUCACCCCGGAGCGCUCCCUCAAGCUCGUCACCUCCCUCGCCGUCAAAGGCGGAUGUCGCUGUCUCGCGAUAUGCGACGGCAAAAUAGUCGCCGCCCUCAUAAAGACAAUCGUAGUCUACAACCUCGAGUUCCGCACGCAAUCAAAACCCGAACUCAUCAAAGCCGCAACCUUCCGCUGCUCAACGGCACCCAUCGACAUCACCGUCAACGGGAACCUAAUCGCGAUAGCAGACCUGAUGAAAUCCCUCGUCGUGGUCGAGUUCAAACCCGGCGAGGACGGAGUCAGCGAUAAAUUGAUUGAGGUUGCGAGACACUACCAGACGAUAUGGGCCACGGCGGUGGCGGAAGUAGAUACAAAUACAUAUCUCGAGAGCGACGCGGAAGGGAAUCUGGCAGUGCUGGUGCGCAACCCCGAAGGCGUGACAGACGACGAUAAGAAGCGGCUGCAAACCACAUCUGAGAUCCUGCUUGGUGAGAUGGUGAAUAGGAUACGGCGCAUCGAUAUUGUCGCGCAGCCGGAUGCUGUAGUCCUACCGCGGGCGUUUAUGGGCACGGUCGAGGGCUCGAUUUACCUCUUCGGCCUCAUCCAACCCGCAUACCUCGAUCUCCUCAUCACACUACAAAGCAACCUCGGCACAAUCGUACCUGCGCCCGGCAACAUGGACUUCGCGCGGUACCGCGCGUUCAAGAACCAAGUCAGGGAAAGCGAAGAGCCGUAUCGCUUUGUAGACGGUGAGCUGGUGGCGAGGUUUCUGGACUUGAGCGAGGAGCAGCAGACAACGGCGUGCAAAGGGCUGGGGCGAGAUGUUGAAGAGGUAAGAGGGUUGGUCGAGGGACUGAGACGACUACAUUAAAGAAGGCUGAGGGUUUGAGACGAAAAGAAUCCAAAAUUCACCACCGCAACACAUCACCCUUAAUCCAUCACCGC